UUGCGACCUCUUGCUCUCACUCAUCUGACACUCAUCUCAUUACUCUGCAUUAGAGCGUGUCCUGCCUGUUUGCUAUAUAUGAGGCUAUGGGGUCUCAAUACUACCCAGCACGAUCCAUACUUUUCCAAAAGGAGCCGAGUGGAGUUACAUACCGUGUGCCAGCUCUGAUCUACAUCCCUCGCUCCAGCUGUUUCUUGGCCUUCUGUGAGGAGAGACUGACUCCAGCAGACGCUCAAGCACAUCUGCUGGUCAUGCGCAAAGGGACGUUUUACAAAAACUAUGUGGAAUGGAAAGACAUGGAGGUGCUCAGUACAGCUCGACUGGAGGGCUACCGAUCCAUGAACCCAUGCCCCGUUUAUGACGAGUUUACUGACACGAUCUUCUUGUUUUUUAUUGCUGUCCUGGGGCACACUUCUGAGUCUUAUCAGCUAAUUACAGGAAAAAACGUGACGCGUCUUUGUUACGUUUCCAGCUGUGACCAGGGGGACACCUGGAGCAACGCUACAGAUCUCACCAGGACACUGAUAGGGGACACUAUAAAAGAGUGGGCCACUUUUGCUGUUGGUCCAGGUCACGGAACGCAGUUGAAAUCUGGAAGGCUAAUAAUCCCUGCAUAUGCCUACCACAUUGACUGCAGAAACUGCUUCGGCAAGACGUGCAAGACCUCGCCACACUCGUUUUGUUUUUACAGUGACACACAUGGAAACGUGUGGCAUUUUGGACAGGCGUUGUCUGAGCCUAACAGUGUGGAGUGUCAGAUGGUGUCAGUGGAUGAAGAAGAUGGAGUCAACCUUUUGUACUGUAAUGCGCGUAGCAUUUCAGGCUACCGGGUGCAAGCUGUCAGCUUUGAUCAUGGAACUUUCUUUCAAGAUGGCCAGCUGGUGCACAAACUACUGGAACCCAGAAACGGGUGCCAUGGCAGCGUGAUCGGAUUUCCAGCCCCAAUCUUCCAGCUCGAGCGGUUUAAGUCCAUCUACAACUCACUUGAACUCAGCGCAGCUCCGAGGUCUCCAAAGAACUUCCUUCCACCAACAUGGGUAGUAUAUAGUCACCCAACCUGUCCAAAUUCCCGUCGUGACCUGGGGGUUUACCUCAGUCUUCUGCCUCGAGACCCAGACAGUUGGUCAGGACCUUGGAUUAUAUAUGACGGCCCUAGUGCAUACUCAGACUUGGCGUAUGUUGACCUGAUGUCUUCUGAUGCCGCAGGGGUCACCGUCUUUGCCUGUCUCUUUGAAAGCGGCACCAAGACAGCUUAUGAUGAGAUUUCCUUCUGCAUAUUCACACUGUAUGAGCUCAUUGACCACCUUCCCCAAGACCAAGAAAAAACAACAUUGCUGAAGAGGAAACGAAUCUGGGAGCGCUGCUUUAUCUGCUGAUUAUAUGCCAAUCUCUGUUGAGUAGAAAUCAGA